GCCGCUGCUGGGCUGGAUGGAUGCAGGGAUUUUCUGGAUGAGUUGAGUGCAAGCAGGCAGACCAUGUAGAGAAAAAACAACCAUGGAUUUACCAAUUAAUUGUUUUUAAUUGGGCAAAUAAUCACUUUUCCAUGCGAUUGCGUUGCCGUUUUUUUUUAUUACAGUCGCUUGUGUGUCUGCCUGUAGGCGAGCUUGGCGAGCAAGCUAGCUGUCAUUUAGCCAGGAGCCACAUCAGCUGCAGUUAGCAUUAGCAGUUAGCAUCCAGACUGCAUCAUGGCAGAGGGCAUCAUGAGCAAGGCAGCCACCAUGGAGAUCCCCAUCAACAGCAAUGGAGACACCGGGACUCAAGCAGAGGAUGACAGCCUGGAGCAGGAUUUACAGCAGGUGAUGGUGUCUGGGCCCAACCUCAAUGAAACCAACAUCGUCUCAGGAGGAUACGGGGGACCAGCAGGGGGCAUCAUUCCCACCAGCAGCAUUAAAGGGCCUGCAAUUCGUUUCAACCCUGAGUAUUUGGACAGAAGACGUGGCCCUGCGCCUGCACCAGACAUUCGCACCAAAUCACGGGCCGCCAACUUGCAAAGAAGCUCAGGCGGCGCAAACCACAACGCCUGCGGUGCAAGUGAGGAAGUGUCCCGGGGUGUGGCUGUGGAGAAACUGGACAGUGUGAAGAAAUGGGGCAUCAACACGUAUAAGUGCACCAAGCAGAUGUUCUCGGAGCGUUUUGGCCGCGGCUCGCGGACCGUGGACCUGGAACUGGAGGCUCAGAUCGAGGUACUCCGAGACACCAAGAGCAAGUACGAGAACAUCCUGCGCCUGGCCACCGCGCUCACCGAGCACUUCCACAGCAUGGUGCAGACCCAGCAGGCUCUUGGGGACGCCUUCACAGACCUCAGCCAGAAGUCUCCCGAGCUGCAGGACGAGUUCGGCUACAACGCUGAGACGCAGAAGCUUUUGUGCAGAAACGGCGAGUCCCUACUGGGCGCCAUCAGCUUCUUUGUGUCCAGUGUGGACACGCUGGUCAACAAAACCAUGGAGGACACGCUGAUGACCAUCAAGCACUAUGAAAAUGCAAGAUUGGAGUUUGAUGCCUACCGGUCCGAUCUGGAAGAGCUGAGUCUGGGUCCGAGGGACAGCGCGGCAGUUGUGCGCAUGGAGAUGGCCCAACACGAGUACCAGGUCCACAGGGACAAAUAUGAGCGGCUGCGGAGCGACGUCACCAUCAAGCUCAAAUUUUUGGAUGAAAACAAGGUGAAGGUGAUGCACAAGCAGCUGCUGCUCUUCCACAACGCCAUCUCAGCCUACUUCGCCGGCAACCAGCAGCAGCUGGAACAAACUCUGGUCCAGUUCAACGUCAAGUUGAAGCCUCCGGGCUCAGACAAGCCCUCCUGGCUGGAGGAGCAGUGACGAGGACGUGGUGGGAUGGCAGAGGACAGCCUUUUAGUGGAUGAUGUUACCGCUGCAAGUAUUUGUUUGUUACCUUUUAGCCUGUUUAUGUAACACAUGUACAGUACCCACCUGCAGUGAGGCACAGUGGAACCUCCAUUUACAAACGUUUUGCCAAACAUGUCUCGGUGUCCGAAGGCUUCAUUUAUUCUUUCAUUUUGGGGACGUCCCUUCUUGUGCAGUACAGUACACACAGGGCACGGCCAUUUUGGAGAGGCGUAGCCCCCGACGUCUCAUCCUGUUUACACACUCUUUUCUCGCCGUUCACCAAGUUUGUGUUACGGUUCAGACUCCUGCCCGCGCCACUCAUCCAUCUGUGCGCACCUCGGGACACGCCCACAGGCGCACACAUCCAGGAACCAGCAGCGCGCGUCUCCGCCCUGCAGCAGGCGCCAGCUACAAUCAAUCACCGGCAAUCGUCACACCUGACGGUAAUGACAGAGCUGCCUUCAUAGGCUCAGACAACCUGCCAUCGCUCGCCGGAGUAUAGCCUUCCAUCCCUUUUCAGUGGAAUUGCGAAGCAGGUAUGUUGGUAGAGGUAAGUGCAUGGAGGGGUGCAGCCAACUUACUAAAGUCUUUAAUGAAGCGUCUGUAGAAUCCGGCAAACCCCAGGAAGCGUCGCAGCUCAGGGGUUGUGGGUUGAGGCCAUUCUACAACCACCUUCACCUUCUAGGGGUCAGCCUUGAUAUGUCCUUUCUCAAUAACAAAAACCCAGGAAAUCAACAGAUGAGGAAUGAAAUUCACAUUUUUCAUCCUUGACGAAGAGACUGUUCUCCAGUAGUUGUUUACCUGGACGACAUUCUGAUUUUCUCCAAAGACCCUCUGGAACAUCAAGAACACGUCCGUCUCAUCCUUCAAAGCUUACUGGAGAACCGUCUCUUCGUCAAGGCUGAAAAAUGUGAGUUUCAUUCCUCAUCUGUUGAUUUGAUCAAGUACGCACCAAUGGAUAAGUGGCGCUGGCAGGAGUCUGAACCGUAACAAUUUGAUCUAUUUUGUUACUCAAUAUGGGCCCAAAAAGGCCAAGAAACCAGCCUGGUAAAAGGGACGGAAUUGCUGUGGACUUAGACUUAUGGAAGAAAGGGAACCUUCUCCGCCUCGUGACGGCACCUUGUGUCUUUUUGUAGGUUCAAUGCCACAUUCUCUGACAGCAAGGUAAAAAGGUUUUUAUAUUUGUUAUUAUUAUUGUAGCUACAUGGUUAACGUUUUUGAGAGUACCAGGGAGACUUUCGUGUGUGCGCACACUGACAGUUUAGCUUGUCGUUGUGUUGUUUUGACAAUGUUGAUACAUUACCUCUUAUGUUA